AUGGGAAAGAUAAUAUUCUACGAGGACAGGAACUUCCAGGGCCGUUCCCAUGAUUGCAUCACUGACAGUUCUGAACUAAACUCAUACUUCAGUCGCUGCAACUCCAUUCGUGUUGAGAAUGGAAAUUGGAUGAUUUAUGAACGUCCCAACUACACCGGGCAGCAGUACUUUGUGAAGAAGGGAGAUUAUCCUGACUGUCAGCACUGGUCUGGUCUAAGUGAUUCCAUCAGGUCCUGCUGUUUAAUCCCACAGCACUGUGGCUCCUACAGACUCAGGAUCUAUGAGAGAGAAGACUUCAGAGGUCAGAUGAGGGAAUUCACUGAAGAUUGCCCCCAUGUGAAUGAAGAAUUUAAUUACCAUGACAUACACUCUUGCAAUGUUCUUGAAGGACAUUGGAUCUUUUUUGAACAACCCAAUUACAGGGGGCGCCAGUAUCUCCUUAAAAGUGGGGAAUACCGGAGAUUUACUGAUUGGGGAGCCAUGAAUGCCAGGGUUGGCUCAUUUAGACGCAUCUCUGAUUUGUACUAA